UGUGUUUACUGUGGAGGAUGAAACCAGAUUGGUUUCUAGGAAUGUGGAACAAAAACAGUUUGCAGCACUCGUUUAAAGAGGUCUGCUAGCGUGAUGGCGGCGAAACGACGUCGGUGAGAUGAGGAGAAGGAAAUCCAGACUGUUACAGGGCAUGUGCCUUCUUUGUGUGAACAAGAUGGCUGCCUAGGGAACCAACAUAGGUAUGGAGUUACGGAUGUCGCGCUACAAGCUGGUGUUGCUGUUCUUUGUCUGUACGACGUCGUCGGUUAUGUUUUAUCUGCUGCGGGUGAUGGAUACUGCGUCGCUUUCGUCGAAGAAGCACGUGUUUCAUACGAGACGACCCGAUCGUCGGAGACUCGACGUCAUCACUUUGCGACCUAAUCAAACGACGCUAAAAAUACAUUUGAAUGAAUUGGUUAGUUCGUACGGAGACGAGGAGGACGGCAGUGACGACAACUACAGCAUAGUAUUCGAUAAGAAACCCGAUGAAAUAAAAUGGAUGCGAGGGAUGGUCAAAGGCUGGAAAGCGGUCGAUUUCCAUGACGUCGACCAAAAUGAAAAUACAGAUUCGAAAUUGCGAAAGGAAACGAAAACGGAACGACUUGCGGAGGAUAAUACAAACAUAUGGGGAAAAACUGUGAUUAGGACGAAACAAGUGAAAUUGAAAAACAACGAAAAUAACAAGGAUUUAAUUUUUCCAGAACCAUUGAAAGAUAAAUAUUUGAUAUACAUUUGUGACGGUACAGUGAGCUGUGGAGGGUGGGGGGACAGACAGAGGGGUAUGAUCGGCGCGUUCUUGCUGGCAGUUGUCACCAGGAGGCGCUUUGGUAUCAAAAUGACGUCACCGUGCGAACUAGAAAAUUUUUAUGAGCCAAAUUUGGUGAAUUGGACAAUUUCAGACAGUAUUUUUAAUGAUCGUUACGCCACUUAUAUUAAUUCAAUUGACGAUUCAGAUUUUAGAUUCUCCCUCCAGCAUUUAGAUUUCAAUGAGAAGUUUCCACAAAAUGUUGUGUUUAUAAGAAAUAAUGUUGAUUUUGUGCCCGCGCUGUGGAAGAAUCUAAAAUACCGAAAACAUCUUCCUAAUUGGGCCCAAGUGCAUUAUCGUUCUGCUAGAUUUUCAAAAGCAUGGAAAAUUCUUUUUAAACCAUCAUGGCGGAUUCAACAAAAAUACGAUGACGUCAUGUCACAAUUUGACCAAUCGAUGGCAAGGAAAUUGGUUUGUGCACACAUUAGGAUUGGUAAAAAUCCCACAAUUCCGGAGGAUCAAAACCAGCGAAACCCUAUCCCCAGCGUUUAUAUUGUGUGGCACUUCCUGAGCAAAUAUAUUAAAACGCCGAACACUCGUGUCUUUAUCGCCACCGACGCUGAACAGGUGCGCGAGAUGGCAAAGGAGGAAUUUAACGCAGACCUUCUUACGGUUGGCGGGAUCAUCCGCCAUAUUGAUCGGCAAAGAAACCUAAGUGACGCGUGUGACGGUUUUGAAACUGCGCUCCUGGAGCAAAAAGUCCUCAUAGACUGUGACGUGCUCGUGACAAGUGAAAGCGGGUUCAGUAUUUUGGCAGCAGAUAUCAGAAAUUCUAAUAAGGAACUCUACAGACUGGAGGACGGUCACAUUACCCCAUAUAAAAUGAUUUAAAGUAUUUCUCAUUGGCUGGGUAAAAAGUGGUGUGUCACGAAAAUGUUGGGGUGGAGGCACAGUUACUCAAAAUAAAAUUCAUUAAACUAUGUUUUGUUUAACGACUCCACUAGAGCACAUUGGUUAAUUAAUCAUCGGCUAUUGGAUUUCAAACAUUUGGUAAUUCUGUCAUAGAAAGAACCACACUUUC